AUGUCGACGACGGUGGAGAAGAUCCGAGAGAUCGAGGCCGAAAUGGCCAAGACUCAGAAGAAUAAAGCCACAUCAUACCAUUUAGGUCAACUAAAAGCCAAGCUAGCAAAGCUUAGAAGAGAACUUGUUACGCCCUCUGGCGGUGGUGGAGGUGGAGCUGGAGUUGGUUUCGAUGUCGCUCGCACUGGUGCCGCCUCCGUUGGCUUCAUCGGGUUUCCUUCAGUCGGCAAAUCCACAUUGAUGUCCAAACUCACCGGCACACAUUCUGAGGCCGCAGCAUACGAGUUCACAACACUUACCACCGUGCCCGGCUGCGUCAUGUACAACGGUGCCAAAAUCCAAAUGCUCGAUCUUCCCGGUAUCAUCCAAGGUGCGAAGGACGGAAAAGGUCGUGGUAAACAGGUCAUCGCCGUCGCCAAGACCUGCCAUUUAAUAUUCAUCGUCCUGGAUGUUCUAAAGCCAUUGACCGACAAACGUAUUAUUGAAAACGAAUUGGAAGGAUUCGGGAUUAGGAUUAAUAAACAACCGCCAAAUAUCAUCUUUAAAAAAAAGGACAAAGGUGGAAUCAGUGUUACUAAUACCGUCCCCUUGACACAUAUUGAGCCGGAGGAGGUUAAAGCGGUGUUGAGUGAAUAUAAAAUCGCGAAUGCGGACAUUGCAUUCCGUUGCGAUGCUACUAUUGAUGAUUUGAUUGAUAUAUUGGAGGCGAAGAGUCGACGGUACAUUCCCGUCGUAUACGUCCUCAACAAAAUCGAUUCGAUCAGUAUCGAGGAGUUGGAUUUGCUAUACCGAAUUCCGAAUGCUGUCCCCAUCUCGUCGGAACAUAUGUGGAAUGUGGAUGAAUUGCUAGAGAUGAUGUGGGACAAACUGAAUUUGAGACGGAUAUAUACGAAGCCGAAGGGCCAACAACCGGAUUAUUCGGCCCCAGUUGUAUUAAAAGGAGGACAGUAUACUGUUGAGGAUUUCUGCAAAUCGAUCCAUAAAUCGAUUUUGGAGGUGUUCAAGUAUGCUAUUGUAUACGGACGAAGUGUGAAGCACCAGCCACAAAGAGUGGGGUUGUCGCAUGAACUUAUGGACGAAGAUAUCGUUACUCUAGUUAAGAGAUAA